AUGAAGAUUUACACAAACGAAAACAACACUUCCACGUUAAAGCUGCUUAUUGCGGCUAAUUUAGCGGGAAAGAAAGUGGAACUUGUCAGUGCUUCGUUCGAAGACGAUGUAUUCGCAGGGCCGCGCCAGCUCCCUCUGUUGGAGGUCGACGACAACUUGACCUUCUUCUCCAGUAAUGCUGCAGCCUCAUACCUGUUCCCCGUGCUUGAUUUGACGGAUGAUGGACAAAGCGAACAGAUGCAGGAAUGGGAAGCGACGCGGCUCCACCCGGCUGUGGCAGCGGUGCUGGCUGCGAAGUCAGUGGCUUCAGAUCUCAAGCAGACGUUACAAGCUCUGCUCUCUACUGUAGACUCUAACUUGGGGAAACACAAGUAUAUUUUAGGGGCCAAACUGUCAGCGGCAGACAUCUCAAUAUGGAGUACACUCUACCCCAUAUACUAUAACUCUGAACUAAAGUCGGGGUACUUGGCACAAUGCUCGCAUAUAUCGAGGUGGAUUGAAGAGUUAGCCAGCGCUAAAGCAAUACAGGAAGCUGUAAAACAAUGGGGAGGGUCCGCCGCGGGUCCAUUUGGUUCAUCAUCAGCUCUGGGCAUUCCACAAGUGGCUAGCUUAUCCUCGCCUGUAGGUUCACCAGAUGAGGGCGCUGCAGUCGAAUUAGGUCCGACAGCGGAAGAAAUACAAGCAGCCAAGGACAACUGGCUGAAUGGUCUCAAGAACCUUCAGAAACCUUUAAUUCCAGGCAAAUUAGUAUUACCGGUAAAAAACAGGAAGAAUGUACUGAUAACGUCAGCGUUACCGUACGUGAACAAUGUCCCACAUCUGGGCAACAUCAUCGGCUGCGUGCUCUCUGCUGACAUAUUCGCGAGGUACUGUCGAUUAUGUGACUACAACACUUUGUAUAUAUCUGGGACUGACGAGUACGGCACAGCGACGGAAACUAAGGCCUUAGAAGAAGGUAUAUCGCCCCGUGAGAUUUGUGACAAAUAUUUCGAUAUACACAAUUCAGUGUAUCGCUGGUUCAAUAUCGGUUUCGACUAUUUUGGUAGAACUAGUACGCCGCAACAGACCGAAAUAGCGCAGAGAAUGUUCCUGAAGUUAAAAGACAAUGGUUUCGUGAGCUCACAGUCGGUGGACCAGCUACUUUGUACCAAUUGCGACAGGUUCCUAGCCGAUAGAUUCGUAGAAGGCACUUGUCCGUACCCUGGGUGUGGCUACGAAGGUGCCCGUGGAGACCAGUGCGACAAGUGCGGCAAGUUGAUCACUGCGACGGAACUGGUGACCCCGAGGUGUAAGGUCUGUGGGACGACCCCAUCCGUGACCCCCAGCCAACAACUCUUCAUUGAACUGGGACAGUUGGAACCGUCGAUCCGUACGUGGAUCACGUCGACGGAGAAGCAGUGGUCCCCGCCGGCGCGGGCGGUGUCCCGCGCCUGGAUGCGGGAGCCGCUGCGGCCGCGCGCCGUCACCAGGGACCUCAAGUGGGGGGUACCUGUACCUGUCGACGGGUUCACUAAUAAGGUAUUCUACGUCUGGUUUGACGCGCCCAUCGGCUACCUCAGCAUCACGCAGAAUGCGACUAAAGAAUUCGAAAAAUGGUGGAAACCGGACAAAGAGUAUAAUGUGAAACUAUACCAGUUUAUGGCCAAAGACAAUGUUCCGUUCCACUGCAUCAUGUUCCCUGCCACCCUGAUGGGAGUCAACGAAGGCCAUGUCCUCGUCAGUCAUUUGUAUGCGACAGAAUAUCUGAACUACGAGGACGGCAAGUUUUCAAAGUCGAGAGGUGUGGGCGUGUUCGGGACAGACGCACAGGACACGGGUAUACCAUCAGACGUGUGGCGUUUCUACCUGGCUAGCAUUCGACCUGAGACUUCAGACUCAAGCUUCAGCUGGAUCGAACUAGGUACAAGAAAUAAUUCGGAGUUAUUAAACAACUUGGGCAACUUCUGUCAUCGGUCGCUGAGUUUCUGCGCGAAUACGUUCAAGGGUCGAGUCCCGGACGUGGCAUUCACGCAUGCUGACUAUGAGCUCAUCGCCUUAGUUAACAGAGAGGUUGUCGCGUACGUGCAACACAUGGAGAAGGGUCGUCUCCGCGAGGCGUUACGUCACGUGUUGUCAAUAUCUCGGCUCGGGAACCAACACAUGCAGUUCCAGCAGCCCUGGGUGCUGCUCAAAGGGUCUGAUGAUGACAAGAAAUGUGGAGCCACAGCGAUUGGUCUAUGUUGUCAGUUGGUUGCGUUACUAUGCGCUCUGCUGACCCCCUACCUGCCAGAAACCACGAGGAAACUAAGAGAACAGCUCAACUUGAAGCCAGAGAAGCUGAGGAUUAACCCUGAGAAUCCAUCUUUGCUGCAAUAUUUGCCAGCUGGACACAUGAUCGGGAAACCGGAGCCAUUGUUCACGAAGAUAGAGACGGAACUACUGUACAAGUUGCGGGCCAAGUACGCUGGCACGCAGAGCGAGAGGGCCAACAAUAGUAAGGAAAAUGGAUCAGCGGGAGCCGUCGCCGACCUUGAAGAAGCCGUCAAACAACAGGGUGAGAAAGUGCGUCAAUUAAAAUCUUCAACAAAAGACAAGUCAGUGUGGCAGCCUGAGGUGACCAAGCUGUUGGAGCUGAAGAAGCAGCUCGACGCUGCAGUGAAGCUGCAACCGACACCAGCGCCCCCUGGCGCCACCAGUGUGGAGAAGUUAGAGAAGGAUGUCGCUGAUCAGGGUGAGAAAGUGCGAAAACUAAAAGCUUCGACAAAGGACAAGGCAGUGUGGCAGCCCGAAGUAGCCAAGCUGCUGGAGCUGAAGAAGCAGCUCGAAGACGCGAAGCUGCAAUCUGCAUUACAAGCUACAAUGGCCAAGGGAGCUGGAGACGUCAGCGCUGUGGAGAAAGCUGUCGCUGAACAAGCGGACAAAGUGCGAAAACUAAAAGCUUCGACGAAGGACAAGGCAGUGUGGCAGCCCGAAGUAGCCAAGCUGCUGGACCUCAAGAAACAACUAGCCGACUUACAAAUUAAGAAAUAA